AUGAAUUUCUUAAUAUUUUUUCAUACAUUUGCAUUCUUGUGUGUACCACAUUUGGAAGCCACAAUUGUACAUGGGAACUUUGUAUAUCAAGGAAAUGUCUCUUAUUUUGACAAAUCUUUAUUGAUAUCAGAAUUAACUCCGACAAUCACGGAAGUCUCAUUACGUUAUGGCGCUGUAGAGUGUUACAAGAACUUAGACUGCAAUGCAGUGGAAAUUUGUUCAUCCGUGACAGGAAAAAUUUUCCGACUUAGUUCAAGCAUUUCCACAGCAAUGGUAACCGGAAAUAAUACCUGUUUUCGAUAUGAAUUGAUGCAUACAUGUGGAUGGGGUUCCUUUUAUAACCGACGUAAGGAUGAAUGCCAGUGUGUUAUAGGCUGUGACUGUGGAGCUCUUACACCACCUGUCGGCGGAAUUUUGACUCAAAAAGUGGCGUUAGAUGGCCAACAGUUUUCUACCAACUGUAUGAACACAGCCAGUCACAUUUGGACGAUGAUACAAAGGAGAGUUAAUGGCUCUGUCAACUUUUACAGAGGAUGGACGGAUUAUAAAAAUGGAUUUGGUGACCUCAAUUCCGAAUUCUGGAUCGGGCUUGACAAUAUUCGCCUGUUGGUGACCAAUGGGUUUACAGUUCUACGUGUGGAAUUAGAAUACGGUGCAGAAUCGGUGUAUGCUGAAUACAGUAGUUUCAACAUAGCAGGAGAGGGUGACAAAUAUCGAAUCCAGGUCUUUGGGUACAGUGGAACAGCUGGAGACGGAAUUUCAUGUGUACAUCAGCUCUGCAGCAAUGGAGCUCAGUUUUCGACAUUUGAUGAUGAUAAUGACGGCGACCCAACAGAUAAUAACGCAGAACUGUGGCGAGGAGCAUGGUGGUAUCGAGCAGGACAUAUGUCAAACCUCAAUGGUGAAUACGGCAAUAACAAUCAUGGACAAGGAAUAAGCUGGUAUCCUUAUAAAGGAUGGACCGUAUCUUUGUCUAAAUCGCGGAUGAUGCUUCGAAGAGCCUAAAAUCUCUCUUCAACUUAAACAGUGUUAUUCACCAAGAUUGGAAAAAAGUUUUUGCAUUUGAAUGUUUACAUGUUGAGUUCUUAGGUGUCAUAAUGUUUGUCAUUAUUCGUGUUUACAAACCUUAUCAUUUAUAAUCCAGAAAAAGCGUUUAGGGUAGAACUCUUUGAUUUUCACUAAGCACUACUGGUGCAUUUGA